UGACAAAAAUGCUGCGUUUCUUCCGAAGAACCCUUGGGCGUCGGUCCAUGCGCAAGCAUGCGGAGAGGGAGCGGCUCCGAGAAGCACAGCGAGCCCCCACACACAUCCCCGCGGCCGGAGACGCCAAGUCCGUCAUCACAUGCCGUGUGUCCCUUCUGGAUGGUACAGAUGUCAGUGUGGACUUGCCGAAAAAAGCCAAAGGACAAGAGCUAUUUGAUCAGAUUAUGUACCACCUGGAUCUCAUUGAAAGCGACUAUUUUGGAUUGAGAUUUAUGGAUUCAGCACAAGUAGCACAUUGGUUGGAUGGUACAAAAAGCAUCAAAAAGCAAGUAAAAAUUGGUUCACCCUAUUGUUUGCAUCUCCGAGUUAAGUUUUACUCCUCCGAACCCAACAAUCUUCGUGAAGAGCUCACUCGGUAUUUAUUUGUUCUUCAGUUAAAACAAGAUAUUCUGAGUGGAAAAUUAGAAUGCCCCUCUGAUACAGCAGCUCAGUUGGCAGCAUAUAAUCUUCAAGCUGAACUAGGUGACUAUGAUCUAGCUGAGCACACUCCUGAACUUGUGUCUGAGUUCAGGUUUGUGCCCACUCAGACUGAAGAGAUGGAGCUGGCUAUUUUUGAGAGAUGGAAAGAAUACAGAGGUCAGACACCAGCACAAGCUGAAACCAAUUAUCUAAAUAAAGCUAAAUGGCUAGAAAUGUAUGGGGUUGAUAUGCAUGUGGUCAAGGCUAGAGAUGGAAAUGACUAUAGUUUGGGAUUAACUCCAACAGGAGUCCUUGUUUUUGAAGGAGAGACCAAAAUUGGCUUAUUUUUUUGGCCAAAGAUUACCAGAUUGGAUUUUAAGAAGAGUAAAUUAACCCUGGUUGUUGUAGAAGAUGAUGACCAGGGCAAAGAGCAGGAGCAUACGUUUGUCUUCAGACUGGAACACCCCAAAGCGUGCAAACACUUAUGGAAAUGUGCUGUGGAACAUCAUGCCUUCUUCCGCCUCCGGGGCCCUGUCCAGAAGAGUUCUCAUCGAUCAGGGUUUAUCCGACUAGGAUCCCGAUUCAGAUACAGUGGGAAAACCGAGUAUCAGACCACAAAGACCAGUAAAGCAAGAAGAUCAACAACCUUUGAAAGAAGGCCCAGUCAAAGGUAUUCUCGAAGAACUCUACAAAUGAAAGCAAACAUAGCAAAACCUGAAGAACUCAGUGUUCGCAAUAAUACUUCAACCCAGCGUGAUGACUUCCAGCAGGCUUGGGGUGCCAGAUCCAGCCCACUUGUGGUGCCUUCCUCUCCCUGUGCGCCCCUGCUGGUGGAGAUAGGGAGUCUUCCAAGGGCUUCAGCAGCUGACCAGCACGACAGGAAAUGUUUGCCUCUGAAUGUUGAUUUACUAGCUAGCCCAGACCUACUGGAAACUACUAUUGAUCACUUAAUUGGGCCCCCUGCCACGGCUGUGAAAAUAUCUCAGGCACCAGCCGAAAUGAAAGUUGCCGCCGUACAGACUGGAUUAGAGGAACUUGAAGCUGAACAUGGGACUCUGAAAGACGUCUCGGAGAAGCUCACGCAGCUUGAGACGGAGACCAGUCUUUUGCUCCCGUCUCAUCCCAACACCGAUGUUAACAUAAACCACCAGGAGGAAGUAGUGAAGCUGACCGAGAAGUGCCUUAAUAAUGCCAUCGAGAGUCCAGGGUUGAAUUCCACAAGGGCUCCUCCUGAUUUCAAGAGUAACAUUUUGAAGGCUCACGUAGAAGCAGUACAUAAGGUUACAAAAGAAGAUGGUUUAUUAAGUCAUAAUAAUACCAGUGUUCAGGAAGUUACUGCAAACAGUGCUACUUUGAAUGAGGAUGGCACGUCUCUACUCAAAGAUCCUCUGGCUCUGUUACAUGCCACACCUACCGGAAACGAUUCUGUUCUAAAGGAUGCUACAGAUGAAUUGGAUGCCUUACUUUUAUCUCUCACUGAGAAUCUAAUCGACCAGAAAGUCACACCUCAGGUGUCUACAGCAUCAGUGAUCACACCCCGGUGGAUUGUGCCACAGAGUGGCCUCCUUUCUAAUGGACGUGCAGAAACAGGAGUGUCCUCCUGUGGGAUGGAGGGACACGAUAGCACAGAAGCAGCCUUGCUCAUCUCUGCCCCAGCGCCGUUCCUGGUGGAUGCUGUGACCAGCUCUGCUCCGACUUUGGCCCAGGAAGCCGUCUUGAAGCAGAAGUGUUUACUCACAACUGAGCUCUAAGGAAUGCCCCCUUCCUGCCUGGAACCGGACUGCCUCGCACUGCCCAGCAGCUCCUCCCGGAGUUAAUUUUAGGUGGAAAAUGUUGGUUUUAGGAGCGUGUCCUCUACUAAUAGGGAAAAGGCUCUACCAACACCGACUUCAAUGGUUUCAUAUUCUGUCCAACUGGAAGGGUCUAAUCACACUGCAUUUCUCCCCAAGUGAGGGGGUGUGGUAGUUUGAUAUCAUUUUAUUAAAUUGUGAAUUUCUGAAACAA